ACGACACAACAAGAGGGCGACGAUGGCGGCUGUCACUGCGAAGCCAAUCCUCUUUUUGGAAGAAAAUCAGUAUUCAAACUUCGAGUGGAUUGGCGAAAUUGAGGAUGGUUCUCUCCUGUGCCGCUGGGAAGAGGAGGUGCUUGUGAGAGGGCCAGCAGACAGCUCUGGUGAUGGUGGGCCUGAAGGAGCCACCAGUUCACUUGCCUUUGCUACACAGAUUGCUAUUGCAACUCCUGAUCUUCAGUGCACUCAGGUCUUGUACACUUUUGACAAGGUUGUACCUGUGGUCCAAGCCUCAGUCAAUGCUUCCAGGACUCUGCUAGGUUUUGUGACCCGGAGGAAUGUCGGAGAAGGAAAUAAGUACGCAGCGUAUGUGGCCGAAGUGGCACCACAGGGAGGAGUGUUUUCCCUCAACAUCGACUGUUCACGUCAGAUCUUUCUGGAAUUUUUGCACACGGAGGAAAAUGAAAAGCCACUUGGAGAUAGCUGGAUAGCAAAGCUGCUUGUGUUUGUUCAUAGAGAAUCUAUUGCCAUCUAUUCGUUCCCCCUGAGCCUGAAAGACGGAGCAUCGUGGAUCGUGGAUGACCAGCCCCUCACCGAGUCUGUGGUGCGGUCUUUCGUGUGGGCCCAGUGGGAGCCUCGGCACAAUCACCUCUAUUACCUGCACUACCGACCCCCGCCAGAGGUUGGGCUCACCCUGGGCUCGUGUGAAUCAGAGGAAGAUGAGAUGCGACCUCGUCCUAUGCUCACCGCUCUGCAGUUUCACCCAAAUAAACCUCAUGAAACUGUGCUAAAUGUACCACUAGAACUCUCAGGGUUAGAACAUUCCCCAAUGGACCUCAGUGGAGAUUAUCGAGACCAGGGUUUACUGCACACUGCGGGAGAUGCCUGGCUGGAUCUCCGUGUUGUUACUUCGCCCUCUGGAGCCGUCUGCAUCUGCCAUCAUUAUAUCUACAAGUCAAGGCUGGCUGAGACCCCUGCUGAUCCAGAGAGUUGUGCUGUGUAUUUGGCAUAUUCUGUGACCCUUCUGCACCAUGGCUGUGUCCUGCAUACAGUGGUGCCAGGAGUACCUUGGGGCCAUGCUCAUUCUGCCCUUCCUACAUACUCACUGUUUGGAGAUCACUACUUGCUGGUGAUUGUGCCAGGAGUAUGUAUGCACAUGCUGGAUAUUGGCUUGGACCACAUGCCCACCAACCACAUUGUCACCACACCCCCACCUCAGCUUUUGCCCAAUGCACAACUUUUCCAGAUUUGUGGGAAAAAAGUCACCUCAGGGCGCAGCAUGACAUUUGUUGAUGGAGUGAACCAGAUGCUGGUUGAAGUUCGCGUCACAAAAGAGUCCCUCUUCUCGCUCUUCAAAUGCUCUGCUGUGUUGAGCAAUCGCUUGGCCAUCUUGCACUUAGCAUCUGUUCAUGACAAGGAUCACGACCUGUCAAGGAAGCUAAUGUGGAGUGUAUGUGAAGACCCAUAUAACUUGGAUACUCCAGUGUUGCUGCAAGAGUACCUCGUGGGAGAGACAUACGCUGCUGUCCAUAAGCACAUAGACUCUGAUGCUGGCCACCUCAUCUCCCUCCUGCCAAUCACUACUGCUCCCUUCACAACAGACACAGAGUAUAUUGAAUCUCCAGCUGAAGAAAAUGUGAGGAUUUCCUACUGCUUGCUAGAGAAUGCUUGCAUAAUGCUGCUAUCGCCACGUGAGCGAGUGGUGAGGUCCAUAUCCGAUACCUGGACCAAACUCUGGGAGCACACCAGCUGCAGGCACCACCAGCGCUUUAGCUUGACUGAUGUGGUGGACAAGCUCAUGGUUUCUCUUGAUACUUAUAAACCAGAGGCAUUGUCUCAAGGUAGUACUCCAGUGUCGCCAGCUAGCCCCCUAGUUGGAGGUCUCACCAUCACCUCCUUAGGGCUGACACUUGCACAUCUUAUGUUUGACCCUCUGCCCUUCAACGAGGCUGAAAACACUACUUCCUCUAAAUUAGAGCACCUUCUCUCUGUGAACUUGAGGGAACUGAGUAUGUACUGCUUGAAACACUUUCCUCAUGAAUCUCCCAUGAGGGUCCAUGCAGUUGCCAGCAAAUAUGUUUGUACUCAACUUCAGGUGUCUCGAAGACUGUGUUCCAUCUUGUGUUCAUCUCAGACACUUGUGCCAACAGAGAAGAGUGAAAAAGGCUUUACAUUCAUUGAGCAGUUGGAAGAUGCUGUUGCUACACGUCUGUUUACACUUCUGGAGCGCUACCACUCGGCAACUGAGGCUGUGGCUUUCCCACUACCUCAGGGAUACAACUCGUUUCUGGCCUACCUUGCGCACCGAUGCUUACCGCACCUGGUUUUCAUGCAGUAUGUGCAACGUGGCGUAUUGCAGCUGAAUGUGGAUGUCUUGCGUGAGAUCGUGUAUGACCUUGAUGACACACCCCAGAAUGUGGAGCGCAAACUUGAGAUCAUAUCCUCGGUGCCUCUGGUGAGAAGUCUCCGAGCUCUGCAGUACUGGCAACACCCAAUGUCACUCAUCCUGCGCUCGAGGCUCCAUGCUGGGUCCAUCUUGGCAGGAGAGGGUCCGGGGCAACCACGGACCCCUACUCAGUCAGCUAGAAUUAAUGCACAACACAUACAGAACAAAGGUUUAACUGCAUUCCCAACAGCAGAUCGACUCUCACCUUUUGACACAUUUUUGGAUCUUCUCACUGCAAAAGCUAACCUGACGGACUUGGAUCUUGGACUGCUGUACGAAGGAACCAUAGCUUCCCUUGAAUAUAUCAAGCCAGAAAUGGAGAACGAACUGGGCACUGUCAGAAACUGAGGGAUGGAGCCAAGAACCAACUGACUGAAGAAUCUAAAGAUCAGAAGCACACACUAGCAAAGAAGACUCAUUUUACUACUGAAUAAAUUUUUUUCUAAAAUCUAUACUCGUGUUGUAUUAGGUAUUCGUACUUUUUUUUUUUUUUUAACUGUCCCUCUGUUACAAUGUAUUUAGGCAUUCAUUACAGCGCAUGAAUGAGUUCAUACAAUAGAAAAAAGAAAAAGGAUGUCUCUUAUUUAAUGAUAUAUAUGUCUUAUCCUAGUCUUGUAGUUGUAAUAAGUAUUUCUAAUAGGCUGUAAGUUCAUUAGUGGCGCAUUAUACAGUUAUAGAAUUCUUUCUCUAAUUGCCAAAUAAUUAAAAAGCUCAUUGCAAUGAACCAGUUGUGCAUUUACUUGAUGUUAAGAUGAGGAUUAAAAAAAAAAAAAAGUGAAAAUAGAAUUAAAGAC